GCUCGGUGGUCGUGAAUCGAAAACGCCUCCGGAAUUGUUGCGCCCGUCCCACCUCCAAUGGCGGAUCAUCGCGUCGCGGUAAUCAUCGAGUUGAUUUCCUAUUUUUAUCCUCUCAAGGAUCAAGAAUCUUGCCCCCCACGAAGAACGAGAAAGAAGGGGCUGAAGCAAAGGCCUCCAAGGAUCAGAGCUAUCCCUUUUUGCUCGAGAGUCGGUGAUGAUCGCUUGAGGCAUUCCUCUCGCCUCUCUUUCUUUGUCCCCUUCUUUGAUUGAAUGUAGGUCGAUGCUCUUGGCAAAUUGUUUAGGGCUCUGAGAUAUCUGGUUGCUUCACUCCUCUGUACCUCGAGUUAUUUCUGAGGUAUACCAAGGAAAAAGGUGGGCCCAAAAAGAAAACGAAGCAAACCCUGCGUGAGCGAGAUAGCUGAUAAUUUCUUGAGGUCAAUCAGAAAAAGAAAAAAAAAGGUGCAUUCACCGAGGCAAGGAGAAAAAGGAAGCAAUCCUUGUUUGGGUGUGCAAGCUGAUGGUUGCUUGACGUACACUUUCACCUCUCUUUGGUUAAAAGGUUGAAUCUAGGUUCAGAUUCUUGACAAAUUCUUGAGGGGUUUUGGCGCAAUCCUUAUAACUUAUUACGUUAUUUUAAUUAACUUCUGAGGUCAAUCAGAAGAAGGUGCAAAAAAAGAAAAGGAGAAGCAAUUCCUGCAUAAGCAAUAGAAACGAUGGUUGCUUGAGUACUGCAGUAGUCUGUCUUGUGCUGAAUACCUUAGUUCCACAACGUGGCAACCCACAAAUUUGAGCUGAGGGGGAAGUUUCUAAAACAUGGCAUCACUUGCUGAUAUUGGGAUGUCUGCUGCCCUGAAUAUCCUGUCUGCAUUGAUAUUUCUGAUUGUUUUUGCUGUACUCCGGCUUCAACCAUAUAAUGAUAGAGUAUAUUUUCCUAAGUGGUACCUGAAAGGGAUUAGAAGCAGCCCAACACAUUCAGGAAACUUUAUAAAGAAGUUUGUUAACUUGGACUGCAGAACAUAUUUGAGAUUUUUGAAUUGGAUGCCUGCAGCAUUAAGAAUGCCGGAGCCUGAAUUAAUCGACCAUGCAGGACUGGAUUCUGCCGUGUAUAUCAGGAUCUAUCUACUUGGGUUAAAAAUUUUUGCGCCUAUAGCUGUGCUUGCAUUUGGUGUUUUGGUUCCUGUUAAUUGGACUGGUGGAACACUGGAGAACAGUAAAGAUUUAACAUUCAGUGAUAUCGAUAAGCUCUCUAUAUCUAACAUUCAACCUGGUUCAGAAAGGUUCUGGGUGCAUUUGGCAAUGGCCUAUGUUUUUACACUUUGGACAUAUUGUGUAUUGUACACUGAAUAUAAGAAAAUAGCAUCGAUGAGGUUGCAUUUUUUGGCUUCUGCAAAUAGACGACCAGAUCAAUUUACUGUUCUUGUGAGAAAUGUUCCACCUGAUCCUGAUGAAUCAGUGAGUGAGCAUGUUGGGCAUUUUUUUUCUGUGAAUCAUCACGAUCAUUAUCUCACACACCAGGUUGUAUAUAAUGCUAAUAAGCUCGCAAAAUUGGCUGAGAAAAGAAAAGGCUUAGAAAACUGGUUUAUCUACUACGAAAACAAGUACAAUCGAAAUACUAACAUCAGGCCAACUACAAAGACAGGACUUUUUGGUCUGUUGGGAAAGAGUGUGGAUGCCAUUGACUACUAUAAGGCUGCGAUAGAACAGCUACUGAAAGAAGAAGCAUCAGAACGAGAAAGGAUAAUUAGUGAUCCUAAUGCUAUAAUGCCAGCAGCUUUUGUGUCAUUUAAAACCCGAUGGGGUGCAGCUGUUUGUGCCCAAACACAGCAAUCAAGUAAUCCAACUUUGUGGUUAACAGAUUGGGCUCCUGAGCCCCGUGAUGUCUAUUGGCCCAAUCUUGCUAUCCCCUUUGUUGAGCUUACAAUUCGGAGGUUAAUUAUGGCUGUUGCAAUUUUCUUUCUUACCUUUUUCUUUAUGAUCCCGAUUGCAUUUGUUCAAUCUCUAGCCAAUAUUGAGGGAUUCGAGAAGGUCUUUCCUCUCUUAAGGUCUCUAAUAGAAACGAAUCUAAUUAAGUCAUUCAUACAAGGUUUUCUACCAGGAAUUGCAUUAAAGGUCUUCCUUAUUCUUCUUCCAACAAUACUCAUGACAAUGUCCAAGAUAGAGGGUCACACAUCCUUAUCAACAUUGGACAGGAGAUCUGCUUCUAAGUACUAUCUUUUUCUUCUGGUUAAUGUAUUUCUUGGGAGUGUUAUUACAGGAACAGCAUUUCAACAACUAAAUAGUUUCAUUCAUGAAUCUGCUAACACAAUUCCUGUAACUGUUGGGAUGUCUAUUCCAAUGAAAGCAACAUUUUUCAUCACCUAUAUAAUGGUUGAUGGAUGGUCAGGUAUUGCUGCCGAAAUACUUAGACUGAAACCAUUGAUCAUUUUCCAUCUGAAGAAUACAUUUUUAGUCAAGACUGAACAAGAUCGUGAGCAAGCUAUGGAUCCUGGCAGUUUAGAGUUUGCAUCCUCAGAACCAAGAAUACAACUAUAUUUCUUGCUUGGAUUUGUAUAUUAUGUUAUCACCCCAAUUUUUCUUCCAUUCCUACUCAUCUUCUUCGGCCUGUCAUAUGUUGUGUUCCGCCAUCAGUUUGGAGUUUAGGUUACAGACUAGCUGUGCACGGAAUUAAGGUGAGUAUAAAUUUUGCAAAGCAACUUUUACACGUUUUAUAUUGAUGUUGAUAUAAAAAUCAAUGAGAAAGAGUGUAGAUAUCAAUGAGGAAAAGUGUGUGCAGUGGAACAAGGGAACAAUUGGAUAGAGUGCAAGAAAAGUUGCUUUUGUCAUGGUAAUAUGAUGUUUUGACUUCUAACUUGUUUUGUUGUUUUUUACUCAAUCCUAUCAUCAAUCAGUUUUACAAAUGUAGAUAUCUCCAACUGUCUUCCCACUAGUUUUACCAAUAUAGAGUAUAAAGCAGAACCAAAAGCUGAUGUUUCAUAGGUCUUUCUUUUAACAUGCAUGUCGCUGUUUAAUGUUUAGUUGCUUGUACCUUUUAGAAAAUGCCAACAAAAUAUAUGUGCACACAGGUCUGUUUUAUUUGUCCCUGUGAUGUGAAUGUUCCGUAGAGAGAGAGCGAGAGAAGCAGAAAGAAAAUGAAAGAAGAUUUCCUACAGCAAGAUUGUCAUUUACCCCGUUAAGGGUUUAUGCAAAUAUCUGGGAAUUUAGAGAACAUGAAUGUUUGCUCCAGGAUAUCUUUUAACUGCAAACAAGCAAGAUCUUCCUCAUUAUUGGACUUUUAGGCAUGGAGAUAAUACAACUAGGGAUUUGGUUUCCAUGGAUUGGAACUUUGCUACAACUUUGGUACAACAAUAUCACAUUAAUAAAUUGGUCUUUGAAGUCUUUGAAGAUUUCUGUGGAAUCUUCUCAUUUUUUGAGCUAUACUCUAUAGAUGGAAAAUGUCUUGGGUGAUGAAUAGUACAUGUGUUUUUUGAUACAUAAGGUUCUUCAACAUAGAUAGAUGUGCUACAAGAUUAAUCUUACGCAUAUCGGCAUGUAAAAAUAUAAGUAUAUUUUUCCCCAGUUGGACCUAUUAUUUUUUUAUUCUUUUGAAUAAAAUGCAUGAAUCUUUUAUCAGUCAUUUUUUAUGAAUGCUAAUCCAUUCCUUUUUUGCUUUGAACUUCAAAUGUUUGAUGACCUCUAAUGUUUGUUGGUUAUAGAUCAUAAAUGUAUACACUCAAGAAUAUGAAAGUGCUGCUGCAUUCUGGCCAGAUGUCAUUAGACGGGUGAUUAUUGCAAUGAUAAUCUCACAACUUUUGCUUAUGGGCUUGAUGAGUACUAAACAUGGUUCUCUUACUGUUCC